CUAAAUAUCAUAACUCUUGUUAUCUAUCUCUGACUUUUCUACUCUUCCAACCUCAACUCAAGCUCCGAGUCCAACUACUAGGCUAUUAGCAAUAGCGCAUAGAGAGAGAAUCAAAAUUCAAAACCCGAAAUUGAUAUAAUUUAUCAACUUCAAUUGAGACAUGCAUCUAUGGCCGACAAAGAAUCUCCGAGAUUCCUUCAAGGAUUCAUACCUCAAAAGGCUCGAAUGGAACUACCAGAGAAUGAAAGCGGAAAAGAACCAACAACAAUCCUCGACGGAACAGAAACUUCUGGAAAACGAAAACCAGGAUCAUGGCAACAAUAACAACGGUGACGCACCCAACCUCCUCAAUUGCGAAGCUGGCUCGGUCUCUUCCCUGUUCCAGGAAUUGUUGUUGGUUCUCUCCUGCUGCUACUGCUGCUUUUGCUGUGGUGGAGGGGGAUCGCUGUUUUGUUUCAAUUGGGUUCAUGGACUGCUUGUGAAAAGUGUUGUUUUUUUGUGGGAAUUUUUAUCUGGGGUGGGGUAAUAGGUGUUGACAUUGAUGGUUUAACGUUUUCUAGGUCUAGUGUGGUCGUUCUUCUGGAUGAAAUGGAAUUGGUGAAUUUUGAUUAGGAUUAAACUAAGAGUCUAAGAUGCGGUUUUUUAGGUGAUUUUGGUUGUGUUUUCUAAUCAAAGUUAGAGUUUUUUAGCUUGGUAACUUAUGUUGACCUUAAAAUGCAAACCUUUAUUACGAGGGUUACUUGAAGUGGAAGUGUGGAACUUCAAUUCUUAUUUGAAAAUAGUAGUAAAGCUCCUAAGGAACUGCAUCAAAGUUUUUUUUUUUUUUCCUUUUGAUUACCUAUCAAGUUUGUUUUAGUUUUAACUUUUGAUGUUUGCUCAUGUAUGGUCAAUUGAGGAGUUUAUACACUCCUAUUAUUUGGGAAUUGGAUCAAUAAAUGUAUAGUGGUUCUAGCUAUUUGGGAA